AUGGUUCGAGUUAAUACUUUAAUAUUGUUUUAUACAAUAAUUAUUUAUUGUAUAAAGAUUGUAUCUUCGAUUGUGUUAGAUUUGGACAAUUUAGAUAAUUCAAUAAUUGAAAUAGUAAAGACCACUGAAGAGGGAAUAAUUACCACAAAAAUAUACUCCAUACCAGAAAAUAAGAUAACAGAAUUACGUGAAGGAUUUAUAAUAGUUUGGAUGCAAGAUGAUUGUGAAUAUAUUAAAUCUAUUACUCAUUACGAAUUUCUAUCGACAAAAAGAAAACUUAUGAGUAUCGAACUCUACAGUCCUUUUGAAGAUAAUAUGAUAUAUUUAUACAAACUAGGAAAACAUUAUGCAUAUACCACCAGGAAUAAGUUCGAAGAAAUUUUUAAAAAAAAUCUUGAAAUUUCAGAAAAGAAAACAAGGAAACGCAAACCUAAAUCUUAUACCGAUUAUAAACGUAGGAAAAGCAAAAAGAAGAGAAUCACAAAACCAGAAGAUUUAGAACCAGAAAUGGAAUUUGAAAUUUCAUCAGAUGAAUCAACUCAACAAACAGAAAAAAAAUCAGAAGAACAUACAGAACCAGAAAUGGAUUUUGAAAUUUCAUCAGAGGAAUCAAAACCUAUUGAAUCAGAAACAACUAAACAACCAGAACAUACAUCAGAAACAACUAAACAAACUGAACAAACAGAAACUACAGAUGAACGAGAAUUACAACCAGAAACUAUUCCAGUUGAAGUUGAGUCAGAUGAUGAACAUGAGGAUAUUGAUCUGGAACAAGAGUUAUUAAAUGAACCACUAUUUGGAGAAGAUGUUGAGAAAUUGUUAGAACGUGAACUUGACAGAACUGGUCUAUCAACAAAUGAACUUGAUUCAGUAUUUGAAGAGAAAUCUAAAGAUGAUGAUAAUUAG